CCAGGAAGUACAGAAGCCGGUCAGGUGGGACGCGACGAGAUAACAUAGGUGACACCGGCGCACAGCUUUGUAUCCCUGGAAACCUUUUGGCUCUGCUGGAGAAGAACAGAAACAGGAAGAAGUGGAAAAUAGAGAGGGAGGAAGAGAGCAGGGACCCGUCCUCCUCUGAGUUUAUGGACUGGAGGUGGCGAUGUCUCCAGGAGAGGACGGUCUGAUCGGGAUCCCCUUCCCAGAGCACAGCAGCGAGAUCCUGUUCCGCCUUAACGCCCAGCGCAGGGCGGGGCUACUCUGUGACCUCACCCUGACCUCGCGGGGUGCCCGCUACCCCACCCACCGCUCUGUCAUGGCUGCCGUCAGCCUCUACUUCCGCGGGCUGUUUGGGGCGGAGGAGGGGGCCGAGGCAGGGGGUGAGGCGGGGGGAGGAGGAGGGUUCAGUGUGUGCCAGCUGGACUGUGUAGCGCCCGAUGCCCUGGAUGCCCUGCUGGAGUUUGCCUACACGGCCACCCUGACCAUCCGCAGCUCUGGCAUGAGAGACGUGUUGAGAGGAGCUCAGUUACUGGGGAUCCAGUGUGUGGUUGAUGCCUGUAGAGACAUACUGGGGGAGACGGCGGGAGAGGUGGAGUGGGAGACGGGGGAGGAGAGGGUACAGGUGGAGAGGGAGAGAAGGGUGGAGAGGGGGAUGAAGAAAGGCUCCCGGAGGAAGAUAGACAGACGGAGAGUCACCAAGGUGGAGUCAUCGCACCACCAGCCACUGCCUCAUCGCCCGAACAUCAACACACACCAGCACCCCUCCACUCCUCCUCCACACCCCUCACCUGUUCAAGAUGGGGCCCACUCUCAUCCCUCCACCCGACCCCCCACCCCUGAGCAGGAUGAACACCCCCCCACCACGGGACACAACGGGGAGAGGAAGCAGGGCAGGGAUGCAGGGAGAGGGAGUACAGCAGUCAACGGAGGGGUGCACUGGCCUCAGGAGCGACUCCUCGCCCCCCACCCCCCUCUCCCCCUCUCAGACGACAGGCUGUCAGAAGACGAGGAGGAGAUGGAGGGAGUGGGGAACGGUGGGGUGGCCAGCUUUACUUCCGCCCCCCUGGCAGAGCAAGGGGUGGCCACGGGGGCAGGAGGAGGGGGUAGGAAGAGGAAGUCUCAGACCCCCCAGCAGUGUCCUGUCUGUCAGAAGAUCAUCCACGGAGCAGGGAAGCUGCCCAGACACAUGAGAACACACACCGGGGAGAAACCAUUCGAGUGCUCUACCUGCGGGGUCCGCUUUACCAGGAAUGACAAGUUGAAGAUCCACAUGCGUAAACACACAGGGGAGCGUCCGUACCCUUGCCCCCACUGCCCCGCCCGCUUCCUGCAUUCCUACGACCUGAAGAACCACUUGUCUCUCCAUAGUGGGGCACGCCCCUUCGAGUGCCCGCUCUGCCACAAGGCCUUCGCCCGCGAGGACCACCUCCAGCGCCACCGCAAGGGCCUCAGCUGCCUGGAGGUCCGUACCCGGGCACGGCCGAGGCGCGGACCUGGGGCUGACCACGGGGAUGAGGGCAGAAGGGCUAGAGGAGGAGGAAGAGGGUAUUCUCCAGACCAACUCGACCCGCUGGAGAAUCUGGCCCUGCAGCCCCACGCCUCAGUAUUCCACCCCCGUGUUGGAAUGGUUGGCCUAGGGGAUGGGGCUGAGGCUGGGGCUGGAGGUCAAAUGGUGUUCCAGGAGGAGGCUGACAGGGAGCAAGCUAUAGCCCUCCUAGGGCCUCACAGGUUACCCUACCCUGGUCUGCUGUGGAGAGGCCUGGAGCUGGGGGGUGUCCACAGUGACCUGACCCAGGGUAUCCACAGUGACCUGACCCAGGGUAUCCACAGUGACCUGACCCAGGGUGUCCACAGUGACCUGACCCAGGGUGUCCACAGUGACCUGACCCAGGGUGUCCACAGUGACCUGACCCAGGGUAUCCACAGUGACCUGACCCAGGGUAUCCACAGUGACCUGACCCAGGGUGUCCACAGUGACCUGACCCAGGGUAUCCACAGUGACCUGACCCAGGGUAUCCACAGUGACCUGACCCAGGGUAUCCACAGUGACCUGACCCAGGGUAUCCACAGUGACCUGACCCAGGGUGUCCACAGUGACCUGACCCAGGGUGUCCACAGUGACCUGACCCAGGGUGUCCACAGUGACCUGACCCAGGGUAUCCACAGUGAUCUGACCCAGGGUGUCCACAGUGACCUGACCCAGGGUAUCCACAGUGACCUGACCCAGGGUGUCCACAGUGACCUGACCCAGGGUGUCCACAGUGACCUGACCCAGGGUAUCCACAGUGACCUGACCCAGGGUAUCCACAGUGAUCUGACCCUGGGUUUGACACAGUGA